GUGCUGCAGUAUUUCGAUAGCUGUACAUGGUGCUCCUGAUCUCGCUCGGCAGGCCAACCUUCCCAUGAUGACCUCUCAUCCGAACAUUAGCCCGUUCUCCGGCGAAGCAUCGAUCCUUGCCGAGAGGGCACUCAAGCUCCCUCUAUACACGAAGCUCACCCGGAAACGCCUCGUUCUUGCCUCUUCCUCACCCAGGCGUCUCAAGAUUCUGCGUGAUAUCGGUAUUAAUCCGGAAGUCAUUCCCUCGAGAUUUGAAGAAAACCUCGAUCAUUCAUCCUUUGAAGAUCCUGAAUUUCCCGAAGGAAAAGGUCUUCGCUAUGCGGCUGCUACCGCGUCUGAGAAGGCCAUCGAUGUUUACACUCGCCUCGUGGUGACAUCACCAGAUCAUCCCCCAGACCUGGUGAUCGCGGCAGACACCGUCCUUCAGACCUUCUUUCCCGGUCCAGGCGAGCUUCCUAAGAUCCUCGAAAAACCAGACUCUCCGGCAGAUCAACUCUCUAUGCUCGAGGAGCUGAUGAACGCCCCUCCCGAGACUCGAGUCUCAGCUGUCACCGGUGUCGCUAUAGUUUAUCCCACUCUGGCGAGUCCAGGCUAUACAGUUAAGACUCUAGGCGAAACUAGUAGAUUGUGGUUUGGUGAUGUCGGCAGGGAGAGCCUUGUAGCCUAUGUAUCCCAGGGGGAAGGGAUUGAUCGAGCCGGUGGAAUUUCUAUUGAAGGCGUCGGUUCACAACUGAUUCGAAGAAUAGAUGGUGAUUGGAACAAUGUUGUAGGAUUUCCGGCUUUUGCAUUUGUUCAAUUCCUCAAGAAGGUGAUGGCAGAAGACAGUGAUUUCUUAGAUGAUUAAGUUGUUGCUGAUUUGUUUAAAAUGAGCUCUCAUGCCAACUUACAAGAGAACGGGUUGGACUAUUUGUUAGCAAUUAAGAAUUAAGUAACAAACUUGAGCAAGAGAGGUUUGGUACAGAUGUCCAA